CUUUUCUUCAUGAGAAGGUCGCAGCUGAAUCCACGGCCACCACGAGUGUCUGGCAGGGUACGGUGACAGACGGUGUCACAGGCAUUGUCUCGACGAUUGGGAAAUGAGUGGCUUCAUCGAGAAGUAUGUCUCAGAGACAGCCACCCCGACUUGUGGCAACAUGGUUGGGCCUCCAGUUGAUGCUCGGUUCACCAACUUUGAGUUCGGAGGCUUGCCAGCGGCACCCAUACAAAUCUCAGCACCGGGACAAGCAAGUAUCAAUCGCUGCAAUUUGGCACUCGAUGUAGUGACCCCUAUUAACACAGGAUCAGACUUUACAAUCCAGACCUCAGUGAUGGCGUGUAUGCCUACCCCACCCGAACUGACGUGCAGAACUGAAGGAUAUUGUGUUCUAUUUGAAGGGUAUGAAGGAGAUCCGGAGCAGGAUGGCUCUACGUGCGACCUGGGUCAGGGUCUUGCCACUAGCUGUGCGAACGCUGUUUGCUGUCAGGAUGCCACUAUUACUUGCGAUAAGU